AUGAAGAGGAAAGUUGCAACAGCUGGAAAAUUGAGGCUUAGUCCCAAUGAAGAAGCCAUGCUUCUGAAAGAAGAAUACGAAAGAAGAAGAAAACUGAGGCUGCAACAAGUUAGAGAGCAACAGAAGUAUAUCGCCUCGCAGAUAAGACAGAAGGUGAAGCAGAGGAAAGAGGAACAACUACAUCAGUUAGAGGAGGCACUGAGAGCUGAAUGGCAGAAAGCACAGGAGGAGAAGAUGAAAGCCCUAGAAGAACUGUAUUUAUCAAGCUUGAGAGCGAUUGGUGAGGGUCACCGACAGGCCAAGGAGAAUGAACCUGACUUAGAAGCUCUGGCAAAGCAAGCAGAGGAAAGGAAGCAAAGGGCAGAGAAGAGACACAGAAAAGCUCUGAAGGAGCAGAAGCAGCAAAAAGAAAAAUUACUUCAUGAGCAAACUCGACGAACAGAUGCACGUAAACAUGCUCUGGAAGUGGAAAGACAAAGAGCAGCCAAAGUUGCAAGCCUCCCACCCCCUCCACCACAUCCUUUUGAGAAUUUGGAAAUGAAAAAGACUCCUGCAGUGAAGCCCUAUGGUGCUGGCAAGUUUUCUGUUACACGUUACCAUAUUUCUGAGCCUUACAUGGAUGGAGAGCAGCCAGAUGCUUGGUUAGCUGCUGAAGAAGAAGAGGAACGUUUGAAGGAACUACACAGGGAGGCAGAGAGGGAGAGAAGAGAGCAGCUUGAAAAGGCACAUCUUAGAGGGUGUCAUGCCUUGAAGAAGGUCCAUUUGGCCAAGGAAAGGGAAAGGCUACUGGAAGAGCUUGAGCGGCUGCAGAACGUGGACCGGCUGCGCAGAAGACAGGCUGUCUCUCAGGUGCCACCUCAGCUUUUAGUACCAGCAUGUAAACGCAUGGAGAUCAAAGAAGAGUGGCAGAGAGAAUUGGAGUUCGCAUUUGAAGAAAUGUACAGUGAAGACAGGAACAUGAAAGGAGACCAGAUUUUGAAGUUUGAGCCACAACCUUUACCAGCCCCUUCUGACAGAGCUCAGGAUAAUGAUCUUGAUAUCUCUUUGGAGCAAGAAUCGGCAUGUGGCACUCAACCAGACUCUGCUUGUGAUACUCAACAAGAAUCGGAACAUGUGGUAGCAGAGGUGAUCCCCAGGGAAUCAGAAAAUCAUGAAGAAGCAAAAACUCGCCAACCUCAGUCAAAACUUGCCUUAAAGAGAUUGCUGAACAGGAUUAGAAGCCAGAAAGAGGAGUGGACAUCAAAAAGUGAGAAAGAGAGUCAAAGUGAAUUUGAAACUGUUGAGUCAGGCACAAUUGCUAGUGAAGAGAGACCAUUACGUGAUUUAGAUGAGCAACAGAAAAAUACAGUAUGUGAAGCCAAAGACUCUGUGAAAAUGAUGGAAAAUACAGUUGCAGCUGAAAAUCCGGGUCUGAUCCAUCCUCAAGAAGAAGCAGCAGCUAAAAUUGGACUGGAAGAGGAGAAUCAGAAGUGGGUAAGUAAAGUAGAGCAACAGAAACAGGAGCAGUUGGCCUUGCUUAAACAAAUUGAGGAAGAGAAAGCACGUUUGGAGGCUGAUUUUCUAAAGAUCCAAAUGCAAACCUGUUUGGAGAAGGCUAAGAAAAAUAAAGAAGAGGAAGAACAAGGUCAGCUGGUACAAAGCCACAGUCCUCCUUCUACAGAUCAGCAGAACCAAAUGGAGCAUCAGACUGGAAAUAGCACUGUAUCAGAAAGCAGGAGUCCAAGAGAAGUCACCCAUUUACAGACGAUUCGUAGUUAUCAGCAGCACCUUCUACAGCAAAACAGGCUGCGCAAACAGACCAGUGAAGAAGCUAGAAAGCACCUACAGGAGUAUAAGAAUACACUGAAGGAAAGAUACUUGUCUACUUCUGCAACACCUCUGAGCUCUGUGGAAACAAAAUCAGUUGAUUUAAAGCCUGUCUCAGAACCACUCCUACAGAGGCAAGGGGUGCAGCCAACACAAUUCCAGGCAUCGGAACAAGUUAAUGCCCAAGAAUGUGCACAGUCACUCCCUGUGUUUUCAGAAACACUGCAUAUGUUGAAAAAACCAUCUUCAUGGAAACAGGAAGACCAAAUGCAUGAAGUUCAUCCUGGCAAACAUGUGCAGUUUUCAGAAGUAUUGAAAUUGGCACAUGGAGAGUUGCAUUUGCCAUGUGACUGUCCUUCACAGGAACAAGUGGGAAUAUUCAAAACCUCCAGUAGUCACAUCAGGGAACCAUCUCAGUUCCAGUUACCAUCAGGGUUAGUCAUGAAAGAUGCCACUGCAGUAGGAAUGAAACACAUUAGGUUUGUGUUGCCUGCGGAAGGUUCCUCUGAGUCUUCAGAAACAGUGCACUUUAAAGAGCCGUCUCAGAAGGUAUCUAACCAUCAAACAGAAGCUGGAGAAGAGCCUCCACUUAGGACAGCCCUCAUGCCAGCAACAAAGAGCUCUCAGGUAGUUCAGAGUGCCUCGGCUGAUUCCUUGGGGUAUCAGCAGGUAUCUAUAGAGACCACCAGCAAAACAAGCCAUGGACAGCCCCUCAGUCAUUCCGAACCCACUUUAUCACAUGAAGAAUCUAAAGCCCAGGGUGUUGAGGAAUUCUUGAUAUCAAAACCAGGAGAUGCAUCUUUGUUAAAUUACUCUGGUAUACUGAAUUUAAGGGACAGAGUGUUGGCCUCAUCAGAAAACAUCCAAGCUCAGCAAAAGUAUUUGAAAGAGUUGCAAGAGCAACUAGAUGCACAAAGAGAAGCUCUUCUUUCUAGACAGAAAAUACAAGAACAACUGCUUUUACAGAAGCAAGAUAAAUUGAAGGAACAGAUGCAGCGACAGCAAGAGGCUUUGAAAGAAUUUCUGAACAAGCAGGUGAGACAUGUGCGUCCAAAUGAAGAAAUGACAGAGGCACAAAAGCCUGACUGGAUUAACAGAACUGACUUUUUCAAAGUGUCAGAAAACUACCAGCAAGAGAACAGUGGCAGGAGUAAAUUUCACAGAAGUGAAACGAUUUCACAGUGCUGUAGUCCAGUUGAGCAGACUGAACACUCUGAGAAAGUUCUCUAUAGAGAACAGAAAUGGAGGACUUCCAAACCACCUGUGACAAAAGUCAAGUUAGGGUUUGGUUUGCAGCAACAUGAACUUAGUGUUAUACCGGAGGUAGACACACCAAAUUGUUGCAGCAUGUCUUUUUCAGAUAAAACAGAUUCUGGUGGUGGAGAGUCUUCUCCCAUUUCAACUGCUGGGGAGUUUGCACAUGUGAAAUGUUGCAGUCAUGCUCUUCAUGAAGGCAGAUUACCUUGGAGCAUAACAAACCACAAGGAACAAACCUCUAAUGAAAGUCCAAGGCAAACUAAAGAGUCAGGUAGAUUAUUACAGGAGGUGCUGAUGAUGACUGCAGAAACUUCAUGUGAAUCAGCCCAGUCCCAGGAUUCUCAGGUGACUCAGGAUUCACCAGUUCUUGCUGCUGAAGUUGAAGAGGGAUUUACAACACAUUCUGGACCAUCAUUCAGACUUCAUAAUACGGAAAUACCAGGUUCAGAGGGUUUCAUACAAGGAAUACCCUGUGAUUUAUCUUCCACAAUUUCCACUGGGAGCUUUUCAGCUAGUGAAAUGUUGGAUGCAAACCCUGUUGACACUGGAUUGUCUUCUGAUAUUACAGAAGUUGGAAUUUUGGGAGAAGUAGCAAGCUACCCGUGGAGCUCCUCAUUGCCUUCUACCUUGCAGCAGAGGCAAGAGAAUUUGUUUGGAGCACCUGAAACUCAGUUCUCUGAAGGAAAGGUGUACCUUUAUAAACAAAGUCAGAUGCAGCAGACCUUGGGGAAAGAUCCUGGGAACUUGAACUCUUACUCAAAGGACAGCACACAUUUCCAAGGCCUAGCACCUGAACUUGAUUUUCCUGGAAUGGGGAAACCUUUUCCGAACUUCCACGACCAGCUCUUUCAGCCAUUGGAAGCAAGUGUGGACUUGGAUACAUCAUCAUCCUCUUCUCAAUGCAGAAUUCCACAAGACAGUAGAGAAUUUAGUAAGACUUCAAAAUUUUCAGCAAAAAGUUCAGACAGAUCUGCAUUUCUAGAAGUGGGAAGCUCCAGUUCGAAGGUGCCUUCUGGUCUGGACACAAACAGGCACAACAACAUCACACCAGAAGAGUCUGUUAAAGAAAACGAUACUCCAGGAUCUGAGGAAUCUUUUCACCCACUGCAAUUAGAAUCUACUCUGAGUGAUCACUGUCAGAAUGUUGAUGAGCCAGUGGAUCUUAACUCCAUGUUACAGAGUUCUUUUGAACAAACCCCUGGAAUUAAAAUAGGUGGCAAUGAGAACUGUAUUUCAUCUGUGAGAGAAUAUGAAGAACUGGCGAGAAAUAUGGAAUGUAUUAAUCUCCACUGUUCAGUGGAAGAUCUACAAAAUAAACAUCAGAAAUCAUUGGAAGAACAAAAAUCAUUUUAUCAGCUAAAUACCACACCAGUUACAGUGGCUGAAACUUUCCCUCAACACUUAGCAAAAGAGGCUGUGUCUUCUGAAAAAUUACUUGUAGAGGCAUUUGAUAAGAAUUAUGUGAAGCUUCCUGAAAAAUCAGAUCCUGUACAUGAAGUAAAUAAAGCUGUGGAGCUGGAUUCUCAGUGCAAUACUAAUAUGAAGGAGCUAUGUCAAAGCCUUCCAGAAGGACAAGAAUCUUUGAGGGUUCUCAAAGAAACCAGCUUGGAAGAUUCAGACAUCCAUUUGCAUGCUGUUGUGCAACAGAAUGGGUAUUCCCUGGGAAGAAAUAACAAAUAUUCUGUGCCCAGAAGCUCAUGUCGUAUUCCAGUCUGGGAGACUGAGUCAGGGCGUGGUAUUAUGGAAGAACCUGAACUCACUCUGGUAAGCUCAACUGACAUCAGUAUUGCGGAAUCAGAGAUUGGACAUACUAACCAAGAGGAAAUUAAGGAGGACAAAAUUGAUAACCCUGCACGUGUGGAUUGGUCUGAAUGUAAUGUUUUGACUGAGGAGAGAGAAUUUCUACCACUAGCUCCAGAUGCAGAUUAUUCAGUGUUCGUAAGUGCUGACAGUUCUCCCAAAGCCCAGAGUCCCAACAACAGACCCUGUCCAUCACCUCAAACUGCAGUGAUGCACCUGGAGUUUGCGGCUGCACCAGGAAGUUUGCAGACAUCUUUUUUAAAAAGAAAGCAGAAUUUCAUCCAGAAAUCUCAGAAAAGAGUAGAAGAAAUAAAAAAUAAAGAGAGAGAGAGUAAAAUGCUAGAAGCAAAAAAGCUUCAAAGAGGAAAGUCUGAGAAGUUAAACAGACAAAAGGAGCCUUGUCAUGUGUCUGGAAAAAAUGGUGCAGUUGCCAACCAGUUGAAAAAAGUAGGAAAAGUGAAAGUAUCUUCUCCGGAGGACAGGAAGUCUGGAGAAAUUGAAAUGUACCAGCGAACAUCCAGACUUUAUAAUCAACUUGCAGAAGUAAAAACCAGAAGGGAAGAAAAGACAAGGCAAGAAACUUACGCUAAAAACAGAGAAAAGGCUAGAGAGUUUCAAAAGAAAAUGUUGGAAAAGCUACGAACCAAGAAGACAUGGAAAGCACCGUGA